ACAGCAGGUUCUGGCUCUUGCCGCUAGCUUGCGUGGGUCACCUUGGGGAGCUGCGGUUGUUCCGGUGGGGCCGGACAGGCGGUGGGGCUGGUGUCCGGGACGGGAUAGGACAGGGCUGGGUGAAGCGGUGCUGCGGGGUGAAUAUUAACCUGCCCCAGGCUGCUUCGCCUUAUCCCACAGCCCGGCCACGGGGCCUCGGUACGGAGGGCACCAUGGCCACGGCGAAUGACAAGGCUGUGCUGCAGACCAUCUUCAACCCUAGCACCCCAUUUGGGGACAUCCCUGGGCUGGACGAGGAGGACGAGGAGGACGUCCAGGAGGAAGGUGAGGCGAUGCUGGAAUCGACGGCGGAGCGGGCGGGGGAAGGAGGUUUUGCGGGCCGGGAGCAGCCCGGGGCCGGACCCCGACGCCCAGCCGCUGCCCCGGCCAAGGGUUCCCCUCUGUGCUGCUGCAGGAGACGCCUUCGCACCGGAGCUGCUGGAGCAGGUCCGGGACCUGGAGCUGCAGGGGGUCACCGCCGCCGAGUCGGGGGACGUGAGCACGGCCCUGGAAAGGUUCAGCGAGGCUGUGAGGCUGCUGCCCGAGCGCGCCUCGGGCUACAACAACCGCGCCCAGGCCCUGCGGCUGCGGGGGGACGUGGCAGGUGCCUUGCGAGACCUGGACGCCGCCAUCCGCCUGAGCCGGGGCCGCGGACGCGCCGCCUGCCAGAGCUUUGUGCAGCGCGGCCUCAUCCACCGGCUGCAGGGCCGCGAUGAGGAGGCACGGCGGGACCUGGAGCGGGCGGCGCGGCUGGGCAGCGCCUUCGCCCGGCGGCAGCUGGUGCUGCUCAACCCCUACUCGGCGCUCUGCAACCAGAUGCUCUGCGAGAUGCUGGGACGGCUGCGCAACCCCGGCGACAGCAGCAGCGGGUGAGGCGGUUACAGCUGCGCUCCCGGCGUGGCCCAGCCGGGCACGUCCCUGCUGCCGGAGAAGAGCCUUUUCCUGUAUCGGAGAUCCC